AAUAGCACCAGGAGUCCCUGAACUUGUCAUGGAUGUGAUGAUUUGGUCCCAAACUUGCAAAAUGCAACUAUUGAGUCACACAACUUGCAGCCAAUGUGCAAGUUUGGUCCCAGCCAAUCAGAGCUCGACAAGUGGAGCCUAGUCAGCACAGCCAUCAGCCCCAGCGCCUUUUGCAUUUACCCCCCUGGACUUUGCACUAAUCAACCCGCACUACAGCUGCCUGGGAUAUUCUGCUGCUCCACUCCACUCCACUCCACUCCACUCACUCAUCUUUCUCUGCUCUCGACCAUCUCCUGCUCCCCAGGUAGUCGCCACCGUCCAGCUAGUCGCCGCCGUCCAGCUCGCCACCGCCGUCCGUCUAGCUCGCCGCCAUGGUGUCUUGGAGUGAAGGAUCCAGCUCUUCGUCCAAAGGGUACUCUAUCACAAGUGAGGCUCCUGCUCCUGCCAUCAUUUUCUGCUCUGAGUGGAGAGGCCUGGCUCCAGAUCUUGCAGCUAGAUGUGAACAUCAGUGUGUCUGUGAGAAGUUAGUUUCCUUUGAAUCAGUUGACAGUGGAAGGAGGUAUCUUGCUUGUGCACAAAAGGAAAUACCUAAAUGCAACUUUGUGGAGUGGAUUGAUCCUGAAUGGCCUGCCACUCUGAAGAUGAGUUUAGCCAGGGUUUGGGGCAUGUAUGAAGAUGGGAACAAGCUAAGGCUCAGGGAAAAUGUAGUUAAUGCUGAAGAGAAUUUUAGGGUUGUGAAAGAGAAGGAACAUAUGGAAAAGGAUCUGAGGUUUUUUAAACUAGAUUUUGCUAAGAUGGUGGCUGACAAGGAGCAGGCAAUUACUGAAUUGGGCAAUGCAAGACUUGUUGUUUCUGACCUGAAGCAAGAGCUUGAGAAGAAGAAGAUGUCUGAUAAAUCUAGCACUACCAUUCAUCAGGUUUUUAGGGCUAAGGCAGAGAAAGAGAGGGAUGAGAUGAAGCAAAAGAUGGACAGCAUGAAGCAAAAGAUGGACAACAUGAAGGAACAGAUGGACAACAUGAAGGAAGAGUUGGACAUAGUUGUGUCACAGAGGGAUGACCUGAAGAAGGAGAAGAAGAAACUUGAGUACAUGAUUGGUGAUUUAUUCAGGCACAAGGAGGAGAACAAGAGCAAGAUAAGGAGGUUGAAGGAGAUCUUAGAUGAAUUUGAGUAAUUAGUUGAA